AUGGGAGUAAGCAAUUCAAUAAAUCAUAGUCUCACAUCAAAAUUUCGCAGAGAAUGUUCUACAUUUCCUUCUUUUUCUACUAGUUUGCUAUAUCAACUUAUGUAUCUAUUUUAUGUUUACAACGGUUGCGUGACAUACGUGACAACCAUUAUUAAUGGAUUUAUCAGAAGAAAGAAAGUUAGACGUUUUAUAUUGCAAAUGGAAAUUUGUACUCGAACUAUGCAUCAACUGAAUAUACCGAUGAAUUUGUCAAAGUAUUUUUUACAGCAAUGUUAUAUAAUGUUAUAUUUAAUCUUCAUCUUAAUAACUGUGACAAUAGCCGAUUAUAAUUGGAUAAAAAUAUUCGGAAUUAAUCCCACAAUAAUUUUUAGUUUUUUCUAUCUCGAAAUUUAUCCCAUUAUCACAUUGUUAAUAAGCGAUGUUACUUUCGCAUUUUGGAUAAGGAAUAUAAAAAUAAAAUGUUGUCAAUUGAACGAAUUAUUGAAAGGUAUGCUUACAACUACCAUCGAUUCCCCACAACAUAAAAGAAUACUUUGGAUGAGGAACAGGAACAGUAAUUCUCCAUUAUCCAUUAUUCAUCGAAUAGAUAAACCGAGCAAAUAUGUUAUCACUAUUAAAAAAGUCAAGGAGAUACAUUUAGAAUUGAUCAAGUGUGCUAGGAAUAUAAACGAUGCCUACGCCUUACAUAUUUUAUUCUCUAUAUCAACAGCUUUCUUUUUGAUCACUACUACAGCUUACCAUAUAUAUUAUUACUUAUUAACUAAUGCGUACCGUACGAAUAAGUUAAAUUUCUUUAUUUAUUUAUUUUGGAUUUCUUAUUUUGGAAUCAAGAUCAUCAUUAUAAGUCACGUAUGUGCUGAAACUGUAACGGAGAUCCGUGACUUUACUCUACAACUUAUCCAAAAUCCACUUUCAUUUACAAUAUAUGGCCUUGUUGAUCUGGAUUAUACAUUGAUUCGUACUGUCAUCGGUACCGUCACAACAUACCUUGUUAUUCUCAUUCAAGUAGGAAACGUUCCACAAGAAUUUUCCAUUAAUAAUUUAACGUUAUCGUCUAAUGAUUCAGGAAAAAUUUAA